UUUACAGACGCGCAAAGUUCAGCGCUUCCGGUUCACUGUUGGCGUCGUCUGUCAAACGAGUGAAACAAGUUUAGUUGUUUUUAGCCAUACAUGUGUUUUCGGAUAUGUCUCAUGCUUUGAGGAGACUUGCCACUGGAGUUUUUAGCGCGCAGAGAUCUGUGAGGGUCCGGCCACUCUUGCGUCCAGUGAGCGCCGCGAAGAUCCAAGGACCACAGCGCAGCCGCAGCGACGGAGUGAAGGACACGGAGAGUCAGCCGUUCGAUGAGUCCCUCCUGGAGUUUCUUGUGUGUCCACUGUCCAGAAAACCCCUGAGGUAUGAUGAAAGGAGCAACGAAUUAAUAAACGAAGAGCUUGGUAUUGCAUAUCCCAUCAUUGAUGGCAUUCCUAACAUGAUCCCACAAGAUGCAAGAAUGAUCCAUAAGAACAAAGAGGCUGAAAAACCCACUCAAUCUUGAAUUUAUAAAGCAAAUUUAUCAUUAUUCGUUUUCUGCCACUAUGUUUUUCUCCUUGUCUACAGUGACUGUUCUUGUCCCACUGAUAUCCUUGUCUGGACUGUUUUACUCGGCGGCCGUGGAUGACAAUUUCCCUCAAGGCUGCACGAGUGCAAGCAGCGUGUGUUUUUACAGCCUGCUGUUGCCUGUAACAAUUCCUGUUUAUGUUUUCUUUCACCUUUGGAAGUGGAUGGGAAUCAAGCUGUUUAGACACAAUUAAGACUGUAGUUUCAUUUUUUCCACAGAAUAUUUUAAUUGUACAAAUUGUUGUGAACAAUUCCUGCUUGUAAACACAGUGAAUAUUCAUAUUUAUGAACACUGAAUAAACAUUGAAGCGAACAAUGUAAAAUACAGAAUAAAACUGCAAAUAACAAA